CAGCUCGAGGCGAUGACCGCGGUGAUGCGCGGUCGGGACUGCCUCUCCUUGCUCCCCACCGGGGCGGGCAAGUCGCUCGUGUACGUCCUUCCCGCGAUGCUCCGCGCGGAGCGAAACGCGCCGGGGGUGACCGUCGUCGUCACCCCGCUGCUGUCCCUCCUCGCGGACCAGCUCCGGAGGUGCGACGAGAUGGGCGUGGACGCGGAGGCGUGGAGCGGCGCGACGGACCCGACGCGACUGGAGAGGAUCGAGAGGGACUUGCGCGCCGCCGCCGCCGACGACGAAGGCCCGACGCUGACGCUCCUGUUCACGACCCCGGAGUCGCUGCAAACGCCCCGGCUGCGCGCGGCGCUUCGCGUCGCGAGCGAUAACGGCCACGUCGCCGCGCUCGCGGUGGACGAGGCGCACUGCGUCUCGCAGUGGGGCCACGAUUUCCGACCGGCGUACCUCGCGCUGAAGGACGACAGGGACGAACUCUUGGGCGGCGCGCCGAUCCAGGCGCUCACGGCGACCGCGACGCGCGCCACGGAGGCGUCGAUCGCGGCCGCGCUCGGUCUGCGACGCGAUCACGUCGUCGCUCGGAGCAGCUUGAACCGCGCGAACCUCGGACACGAGGUGGUGAGGAGAGAGCGCCUCGGCGACGGCGGCGGCGACGGCGAAGAGCGCGCGGCGGUGGAUCACGUCGUCGCGGUCUCGCGCGCGGCGAAAGCGACCGCGCCGGAGAGCGCCGGGAUCGUGUACGCGCGCGAGCGCGGCGAGUGCGAGCGCGUCGCGGAGCUUCUCGCGACCGCGGGGAUGGACGUGGAGGUGUUCCACGCGGGACGGAGCAAAGAGUCGCUCAGACGCGCACUCGCGAACUGGGCGGGCGGCGACGUCGACGCCGUCGUCGCGACCGUCGCGUUCGGGAUGGGGAUAGACAAGCCGGACGUGCGAUGGGUCGCGCACUGGGGGCCUCCCACGUCCCUGGAAGGGCUGUAUCAAGAGAGCGGGAGGGCGGGGAGGGACGGGAAGCCGUCGCGGUGCGUGCUGUACGCGGACGCGGGAGAGUUGGACAAAAUUCGCAAGCUCGACCCGGGACGAGCGGAAAAGGUCGACGCGUACGUCCGCGGGACAUCCUGUCGACGCGCCGCGCUCCUGUCGCACUUCGACGAGGGCGCUGGCGGCGGCGCGCGCGCGUGCGACGAGAACGACGUCCCGUGCGACGCGUGCGCCGACGUCGGCGCGGUGAAGCGAAUGAACGCGGCGGCGGACCGAAAGUCCGACCGCGACGCG